AUGAGCCACCUCGGGCUUCGACUGAAGCAGCGCUCGGUGCUGAGCUUCAACACGCCGUCGUCGCAGCAGGCGUCGAACGCGCAGAACGCCGCGAGCGGUGACCUCGCGCAAGCGCCGACGCCGGGGCUGAGCCGGGCGAUGAGCGCGAUGUGCGUCGAGCGCGGCGGCACGCAAGAUUUGGACGCCGCUAACGCGAACGCGAACGCGAACGCGCCGCCGCCGGUCGCGGCCGCGCCGUCGCAGGGCGGCGGCGGCAUGGACACCGCGUACAUGUCGCAGGGCAUGCCGAUGUUCACCCCGGACUUCAUCACCCCCGUCGACGCGCAGUUCGCGUGCGUGUACGACCCGAACGAGAAGGAAAACAAGGCGCGUUCUUACACUGGUUCCCAUACGACCGCGUCGGCGUGGUGA